AUGGCAUCAACAUUGAAAAUUACACGUAUUGAAACAGGAGAAACAAAUGAAUCAAGUUUAGCAUCACUUGAUUUUGCUCAUACUAAUCUAUCUGUAACAACGGCAGAAAGACGUUAUCAUAUACCAAUAUCUCAAUCAUUUAUUGAUCUUCAACACUAUGCCAAUGAUCCAGGACAUAUUGUAACACUAUUUGAUUCAAUCAAAAGUCAACAAUCAAUUCAACUUGUUCCAACAAUUCGUUUAAAUGAAAAAGAUAUUUUAAAAAUUGCAUCAUUUGAUCAAAGUAUUGGUACACUUGUUUAUGUUGUUCGUAGUAUUGCAACACUUUACACAUCGGAUUUUGAUACUAUGACUAAUUUAAGAGAUUAA